GGUUCCCAAAAAAUCUGGUUUCAAAUAUAGUCCUUACAUAAAGGUUAUGAUAUCCGGUAAAGAUGUAGUCGUGUUCGAAUCCACUAUCAGCCAUGAUGGGAAAGGCAAGGGAAAUCUGGAAAUGAAUCUUGACAAAGUGUUCUCCAAACCAAUUUAUCUGAAUGCACUUACUUCUAUGAAUGUUGGUAAAGCCAAGAGCAGAGACACUGCUCGAAUCAUAUUUAAGUCACCACAGGGUAGUUGCAAGCUGAACAUCGACUUAGACUCCAAACCUCUCGGAAUCAGCAGCAGAAUAAUUGCCAUUUACAACUUUGGUGCCAAAUACUCGGACCGUCUCACACUCUCUGCCAAGACAAGAACCGUAAGAACCAAGAACGCCGCUACCUACUCCGGCACCGCUGACUUGAUUAGCAAGAAGAGCAACUGGCUAAAUUUCAACGUGAAGAGCAAGCUGACCAAAACUAACAACCACCUGGACACCAACGUCGAUCUCACUUAUGGCAACCCGAAAAACAAGGCCCUGAACAACCUCAAAGUGAACUCUGUGAUCAACUACAAGACCAAAUCAGUGGCAAGGGAAUAUAACUUUGCUAUGUCAGUGAAACAUCCCGGAAAGAAUGUCAACUUCCACGUGAAAGCCGACCAUUUCCAUACUGCAACCUCCCCCAUGAGAAAGAUUGAGAACAACAUCAUGCUUCAAAUCUCUCCUCGCUAUUUGGUGAAAACUGGUUUGUUCUACAGCAACGUCAAAGUGAAGGGUUUGCAGAACACCGAUGUGAAGGUGUCUCUUGCUUAUCCCGACAGAGUCGUGGAAUUCGAAGAGAAAUUGGUACAACUCAACACAGAUACUUACGAGAACGAAGUAUGCGCCCAAUGGCAAAAGGAGACCAUGGUAAAACUGAAGACAACUUUCAGGAACAGUCCCAAAGUUGUGAUGGUUGACAACCAGCUCAGCUUACCCAACCAGAGACAAGCUAAACUGACCACCACUCUCAACACGGCUGAUCGUAAUUACAAAGCAAUGGCCGAACUUCACGUUGACAAACAGAUUCUCUCACUUGAGCAGAACAUUGACUACAAAGCUGUUGCGUCUGUUCAGUAUGACACCAGUAAAACUGAUAUAUCCGGCAACGGAGAUCUUUUGUUAGAGUGGGCACAGGACCGAAAAAUAAGUGCUACUGCAUCGUUAGUCGGUGUGGUUGGCAGGAGAUCAACCUCCAAAUUUAGCAUCACUACACCGUUUAGGAGUCUUCAAAGUUACAGUGAAACCAUUGAACGUGUUACCACCAACAAGAAAUGUUCGUAUUCUUCCCACAGCAUUUUGAGAAGCAAUGACAACAGAAUUGAGAUGAAACAAGACAUGACUUUGAAUUCUUUUGACAAAGAAUUUGAAUACAAUUUCAUGCAUUUGCGUAACCGAGUAACGACAGAUGUGAAAAUUGCUUUGAAAAACAACGACGUCAAAAAGACCGCCAUGCUUUUGGUGAAACAAGAAAAGAAAACCUAUCUUGAUGUGAAUAUGGCCCAUAAUGUAGACAGGAGUCAGAUGAACAGUGAUGCAAGCUUGACUUUUGAUAUGUUUGAUGCUAAAGGUCACAUGAAGAUUGCCCUGCAGAGCGAUGAUCGAGAAAUGACUUCAAGCGGUGACUGUGAAAUUAAUCUGCCAAAUUACAGAAUCAACUCCAUCGGUGGUUCAUAUUCACUGAAGCAUAACCAAGCUAAAUCUUCGAUUAAUCUUGCCUACACCAGCACUUUGCGUUAUUACAAAAACGGAGGGAUAUCAGCGGUGCUAGUGAAAGGGUUACCCAAGAGGCUGAAAGGUAGUGUGACAGUUACAAGCAACAACGGGGAAUUAAUGAAAAUGAAUGCUGAAUACGCAAGACUGAAAGACAACUUCGAUGUGAAUGCACAAAUGACAGGACCAGACGGUAAGACGAUGACAGCUUCCUUCAACUUGAAUAUGUCUGGUGCAAGGAAAACAUCCCAUGCCGAGAUAAAGUCAGGUUCCAUCGAUGCCUCGGUGGACGGUGCCGUUGAAUUCGAAGCUGGCCGCUAUUUCGAUAGUGAAAUACGUAUCGGAUCUGGUGGUAAGAAUCUUUUGUUAUCUGGAAACUACAAGAUAGAAUCUUCCAGUCAUAAGAUAAAUGUUCAUUUAGGACUUCCAGACAGCAGGCAGAUCAAAGCUCAAACUGUAUUCCUUAACGGAGAGAGGAAGACAUAUUCUUUCAAUGUUGAUAGUCCUGAUUUUCCUUCCCUUACAAAUAUGAACGUGGAAGUUUCUUACCAAACAGGGGGCCGAGAUUCCAUGGCUAGGGCAUCGGUGAAAGUGUUGCCAUAUCUGGAGCAACUCCAAUUGAAAGCAAGUCAAUCAAAGGACAGGACCGACGCCAGUAUUGAACUCGAAACUCACUCUGAUACUAUAAGACAAGGAAAAAUUACUCUGUCGCUGAAAGGUAACUGGAGACAGUACGAGACCGUUAAUUUUGAAACUGAAUUCAACGAUAGAAAAAUGUUCGUUUUCAAGGGUUUGUACAACAUGAACAGUGUCAACGAUUUCAAAGUAAACAUGGUUGCUACCACAUCUCAUAGAAGGUAUAACGAAUUCUCUUUUGAUGUCACGCAUCAAAAUAUGGACUCCAGUCUCCAGAUAAAGGCAGCCAAGGAAUUUAUGUUCAGCAGCAACAUGAAGAACCAACCAAAACACACAGAAAUCUCCUCCAAGAUCAGUCUGAGAAACUACGAUGAUUGGGAAACUCAAUUUGUUAGGAAUGGCGACUUCGAUGAAAUGAUUAUGACUCUGUCCCACAAAAUUGGAAACAGAGACCAAUAUACAAGCGACAUGUCGAUCCACAACUAUGGCAGGCAGAUCACCUUACAACUUGUUGCUCCGAAAGGAGUGAAAUUCAAUAUGGAUUUGACCCUGGACCCUGAGGACAUUUCUGCUGAUCUUGACCUUUUCCUACAAACACGUUCUGACAAUUACAAAUUCAAUGCCAUUUACAAACAUAUGUCGAAAAUCAUGUUCAAAAUCGUGUCUCCAUUCCACAACUGUCAAUUCUUAAUGACACUGAGUGGAAAUUUGAAAAUGUUCCGAUACCAAGCUGAGAUGAUUCACGAUAACGGCAAAUACGAAUUCACUUUGUCCAACAAGGACUACUUCCGGCGUAUCAAGGCCAAUUUGGGAACCCCUUCAUUCAACGACCUUCUGGACUUUACACUAGACGGAGAACCGGAGAUGUUCAACUUGAUCCUUGAGGCUAAACACAACGAAGAGGCUUUCCUGAUGAAAGUUUCCAACGAAAAAUUCUACAGAAAAAUCACCUUCGACCUUAAAACACCUUUCAACUUUGAAGCAUAUAUCAAGAUGGAUAACACUCUCAAAAACUUGAACGGAAUGUUCAGUGUUUUGAUUAGAAAAACAAAAUAUGAAAUUACUUAUUCCAAUAAAGACUAUUACGAACAGAUGAGAGUGACUAUGUCAAUUCCGAGACACGAGGUCGUUGUUAAAAGCAGCAUUGAUGCCAAGAAAAACGGCGUCACCGGCGAUGCUACCUUCGUGUACAACAAGAAAAGAGUCACUUUGGGAGGAUCCUACAAGAACUUUGGACGUAAGAUGGUUAUCAAGGGAGACCUGAAAGCUCCUUCCUUCAACGAUGACCUCACUCUUACCAUUUCCGGUAAAUUGAAGAAGUUCAACGUUGUUCUCAAACUACAACACAACAAGGACAUCUAUGAAGUGACAGCCUCCAAUAAGGCAUACUACAAGACUUUGGACAUCAACGUCUAUUUCCCAGGAGUCAAAGCUAAGCUGGACUUUGAAGGAGAACUAAAAAGAUUCAAGGCCUUCGCCGGAGUGACCAUCGACAAACAACAAUACAAACUGGUUCUUUCCAAUCAAAACUACAUGAAAGGAAUCAACGCUGAACUGACCACACCAGAACUUGGACACAACGAGCUGAAAUUUGACUUUGGUGGCGAUUUGAGAAAUUUCCAUCUGAACACUCAGUUACUGCGCAAGAAGACUGAAUAUUCUUUUGCAACCUCAGUAAAUGUUGACACUCACACAUACACCCUCAGCUUCAAGUCACCCUUCUUCAGUUUGUCAGGAGACAUCAUGGAUGGAUUUAAGUCUUCGAGCUUCAAGACAAAAUUGGUCUACCGUUACAACAGUUACCAAUUUGCUGCUUCCAACGUGAAUUAUUUCGAUUAUAUGAGCUUCAAUAUGUCCACUCCUGAACUGGGUGUACAAAAACUCACCUUCCAGCUACAGGACCGUUCUUUGUCUGUGCUUUUCCUGAACAACAACGACAUGUAUCAGUGUAAUUUCUCUUUAGAGACUAAAGACCUUUUGAUCAGUUUUUCUUCUCCCAAUAACGCAGGUGAGAUCAAGGCAAAAUUCAAUGAACACAUCAAGGACUUUAGUAUGAACGCUCGGCUGUCCAACAACGGAAACACUUACAAAGUGAAGAUGAUCAACGAUAACUUCAAACAAAUGGUCGUCCGUAUGACCAGGCCUUAUUCUAGUGACCUCGAAAUCUUGGUUGAAAACACCGGCAACAUGGCCAAUGGUAAAAGCCACGUGAAGGCCACGUUUGGAGACUACCUUUUGGAGAACAAUGUUGAUGUUCAACUGGACCAGAGACAGUUCGUGAUGCAAAUGAAAUCAUCGCUGAAAUCAAGUCAGACAGCAAUCAACUCCAAUGUUGACAUUCAAACAAACUUUGAUACAAACGAGUUCACCCAGUCAUUCAUCGUAAACGUAAAUGGAAGGGAAAGUUCGGUAAAGACCAACGUAAAUCUGUCACGUGGUCUGACAGCUUCUUUUGACCUUGAUAACACUCACACCGGCGACGUUCACAUGAAGAUCACUGUUGAUCCAAUGAAACUGAACCGGAUCAAAUCAUCAUUGACAUUGAAAUCUCAGUCGACAGGUGUCGUUACUCUGGUUUAUCAACACGAACUGACUAGAACGUCCUUCAAAAGCAAAGCACACAUUGAAACCAACACCAUGAGCAGACUUGCAGGCUAUGACGUAGAAGUAAGCUUCCAGCAGAAAUAUUCUUACAAUGUUAAGAUGGAUUACAAGAACGAAAAAUACGUCAUCACAUCGAAGGCUUCUCAUGAUGGUCGUUUCACAAGUGGAAACUUCCAGAUGAGGACCCCAUUGAGAAACUUGAAAGAUUUAACCAUCUCUGCCGAACGUGAUGCCAACAGGCAUUUGAAAGCAAGUGUUACCCUUCCUAAACAGUUGUACAGUGCAACCUUUGUUCAUACCGGCAACGGCUUCAAUGUUGAGCUCGAUUUACAAAGAGACCGCAGCGACAAGGAUAAACAGUUUAAAACUUCUAUGGCAUACGUUAACAAUGACAGCAGAUCUACUUUUUCCAGAAAAAUCACUUUGAAAGUGAUGGGCAAUGAUGGCGACUUGACUGGAAAUUUCCAUCUCCAGAAAUCUUCUGAUAUGUACACAAUGAAGGCUGAAUACAGUUGGGGAGAGAAAGACACUCAGAAAAUAGGAGCAGAACUUCAAAUGAAAACUUCAGGCGGAAACGAAGCUCUCCUUAGUUUGAUCUUACCCCGUCGUACCAUCCAGCUGACCGGAAGUGUUCAAAAUCAUCGUGAUCAACAUACUGCCAUGUUCACCUUGACACCUGACGUCAACAACAGAAACGAGAAGAUUGAAAUAACAACUGAUAUUUCUAUUCAGAGCAUAAACAUCUACACCAUGAACACGAUCGUCAAAUUCCCCAACCAGAAAAAGGGUAUGCAUUUUAAAACAAUCUUCACUGGCCGUCGUGGUGACACCAUGUUCAGUAGCCGAUUCCAGUUCAGCGCUGACCAAGAUCCCCGCAAAGCAUUGACUGUGGACAUGAAACUGGCUGACAACAGAGGCAACUACACUUUGGACUUCCUUGUCGAACAACCAUACACGAAACUCGCUUUCAUUGUGAUGGCGUACGCAGCCGCCAAAUCAGGAAGAAUUAGCACCGGUGUGGAACUCAACUACGCCGGCCAUAGACGCCAUUAUGAUAAAUACAUCAUCAGGACGGACAUCAACAAGAUCCAACGGGAAGCCAUCUUUGAGAUUGUGUCUCCCAAGAAGCAUAUUGAAAUCACUGGAUCCCUAGACACCAACAAACAGUAUUCAAUGUCUUUGAACAAACGAGAAUCUGGUAUGAAGGACAUGCAGGCCACAGCAUCAAUCAGCCCUAACGCCAAAAAUAUGCACCUCGAGCUAAACUACGACCAAGCCAACCCUGAAAAAGUGUUCCACAUCGAUGGAGAAGUCAUGGACAGAAAGCUUAUGAUGAAGGCCUACAGGACUUUGGGACAGCAGAAGGUGAAUCGAGACGGAAAAAUGAUCAUAGAAAUGAGACCCUCAAGUAUUCUGUUUUUCCAGCUUUUAUGGAACACCCAGAUGCUCAAGGAAAUCACUGAUUAUGGUUUUGCCGUUUUCCAGACUUACGGACAAAAGAUCCAGACCUUUGGUGAAACUAUUGGAAAGAGUGUUUCUGAAGAAUUCAUGUCAAAACUGAAAGAUAUUAAGAGAGUCUUCCAAGAAGAUCUGGUACCAAUUACCAACUACCUCCCUUCCGUUUACAACGACAUCUACAAAGACGUCGCUAAACACGCCGCCAAAGUUGCCGAAUUCUAUGGCAGGAAUGUCUUCUACAUGAAAAGCGUGGGUGAUUCAGUUAUGGAAGCCUGGGAAUCAAUGUGGACCAGCUACCAGAACAGUCUCGUACACAUGAAGAGACGAAUGCAAGAAUUCAACGCCUACAUGACCGACAAACUUGACGAAGCUAAAAUAAUGGUUGACUCAUAUUAUUCCGACUUCGAAAACCGCUAUCAGGCUGCAAAGGAUGAGCUGUUUCACCAUAUUGAUGAGAUGUUCCUAUACGUUGAACAACAAUUUAACAAUGGAUUCCAACACUUCACCUCCCUCCACCAAGAGAUCAACACCUAUAUCAGCAAGUUCCCAGCUGUAAUGAAACGCUUCCAAGAACAGAUUAAAAAACAUCCAUUCAUUGCUAAAGCCGUUGACUACAUGGUCAGCAUGUACGAAGCAGUGAACGACAUGAAAGAGGAAUUUAUAGCCGAACAUGGUGACAUUGCUGUUCUCUCCCACCCAUUGGUCGAUCUCCUGCUCAGCAUCUCCAAUGAUAUUUACAAACACGUACUGAAAUCCUACGGUUACUUACACCUUGAAGAAGUCCUUCCCGACCUGAAAAACAAAGUCAUUCGAUUUGUGAAGAAAGAAAUCGCUACUUUGAAGAAAGCAUUGACAAGCAUCGAUAUAAAAGUCCUGGUAUUCGAUCCCAAGAACGGUGAAAUCAGCGCCCAAGUUUACUAUCAUGGCUUAAUCAGCGCCUACAGACAUAUGGAAGACACAAGCGAUUCUUUGGAUAAAGUUAGUCGUUCUUUGCAGAAAUACUCCAACAAGCUAUCGGCCUUCACUGACUGGACCGUCUAUGACACUUACUACCACGUCAAACCAUCUUCGGACGUCAAAAACUGGGUCCCACCAUUCAAAGGUUCGAAUCUCAAUUAAAUUUAUAAUUCUAUU